CAUCACUUGUUCCGAGUUUGCUGGGGGAAACAAGAGAGAAAGAGGAGGGACGUGGGAAAAGGAAACUUGUGGGUGUAGUCGGGGUGGGACGUUGACUUUAGCGCUUCUGUCGUCACCGCGCAGGGUUAUUAAAGCCACGGACCGCGACCGCGAGCCCCUCCACGCGCGCUUCGACCACCGCCGGCGUUCCACCGUUCCCGGAUUCGGCCACGUCCUCCCUCGGUGCUGCUGCGAGGCUGAUCGGUAAUCGGAGAUGGCCACGGAUGACUUGGAAAUGAACGGCGACGCCGACCGGAACGGCGAGGCGGAGGUUCCACUGCACGACCACCAGAUGAGGCCGAGGAGACCCAUGAACAUGAACCAUUACGCCAAUAAGAAGAGCGUGGCCCAGAGCAUGCUGGACGUGGCUCUGCUCAUGGCCAACGCGUCGCAGUUGAAGGCCGUCCUGGAGCAGGGCCCGGCCUUCUCCUUCUACACGCCGCUCAUCAUUCUCAUCAGCAUCUCCCUCACCCUGCAGAUCUUAGUGGGAAUUCUGCUCAUUUUCAUCGUGAAGUGGAACCUGAACGACGAGCGCAUGCACUACAGGUUGAACGUGAUGGAGAAUUUGGCCACAGCCUUCGUCUUUGUCAUCGUGGUGGUCAACGUCUUCAUCACGGCCUUCGGCGUCCAAAUGCCCAACAGCGAUAAGUGACCUCAAACAAAUCGAACACUCUCGGCGGUCCGGCCGGCGGAUUUACCAGAAAUGCGCCGACGGACGGACAACUUAUUUACUCUGCCUACAAACCGUCUGGCAAACGCGCGCACAGACGCGUUUGCUCUGGAAUUUGACCUCGCAGGCUCGAGGAAAACAAACGUACGCCGAGGAUCAAACGGCUCGGUCAAGUGGACGCGAGCCGCUUUAACACCGAGCGUGUUCGGUUUUCUAACUGUGGUCAGUAAUGAGAUUUCUUCCUGUGUUUGUAUCUUUUACAUCAUUUUUUUAUUCUCAUUUUUUUAAAUAUCAUGCUCAGGUCACUGUGAUUAAACAACUGCCUUCUCCCACGGACACCGUUAGUGUUAACGUUUCGGACUGGAUGCGAGUGAGCGAUGGCGUCACCCGUCGUCCCAAAUCGCCUUAACAGCUUUUGCCUGACUGCAUGUUUCAACUAAACCGAACUAAUGUUACACUUGACGUGGCCUAAAAGCUUUUGUUUUGGGAAGAAUAGAAAGAAAAAAAAAAGUUUACUAUUUUCAGCAUCCACCAGAUGCAACUCAUUGUUUUAUUGGAUACUUUCUAUGCAACCACUACUGUGUAUUUAAUUUGACUAAUCCAUAUUUUACUUUAAGAGUAUGUUCUUUUAUUUGCUCCAGUGAUGCCUCGGUUCUCGACCGCAAUCCGUUCCAGAAAACAGUUAGGGAAGUGAUUUGUUCGAAAACCCAAUCAAUGUUUCCCAUUACAAUGAAUGGAAAGAGAAAUAAUGCGUUCCAACCCUGAAAAAAUUGGGCUUUUUAAAGCAUUUUUUUAGGUUUUGCUGAUAAUAAACCGCAUAGUAGAAAUAUAUGUAUAGUUUAAAUACUUUAUAUCAUAAAAUAAUUUAAGAAAUACAUUUACUUUUUGCUUAAAAUGUAUGCUUUAGGAGUAAAGUACGCUAAGCUGGGAGCGCAAUGCCGUAUCUGUCGCGACUCGGCCCCCAGCCUUGUAAACUUUUUUUAUGAACAAAAGUGCAGAAUAACUUCAAACAAGCCUUCUUUGGAGCCAUGAUUGGGGGUUAAUACGGUCGUCCUCGAUAAGAAGAAAAACAACAGUCACUACCGGGACACGUCUGUGAUCAGAGGCUGCGUUAUACAGAAGAACAAAAGUGUGCUAGCUGCAACGUGCGCGUUACGUCAUUUUCGUUUUUCCAGGGGCCGUUUGAAUUGACGAUAACAAGACGCGAAGUGGGUGGGUCAACUGCUUCCGCCACACGCGAUGUUAUUUCCGGGUUUUUUCUGAGGGGUUGUUCAAAUAGACAAUAACAAAAUGCGUCGUGGGUGGGUCAGCUGUUUGCAUUGCGUACAUUAUGUUAAUUCUGGGUUUUUGUCGGGGGGUGUUUGAAUUGACAAUAACAAAGCGCAUCGUGGGUCAGCUGGUCUGGCCACGCGCAUUAUGUUAUUUCCGGGUUUUGUCGGGAGCGUUCGAAUAGUGAUUUUCGUUCGAAAACAGAAGCAAAAUAAAUCUCGAAAUUUUCUUUCAGAAACCGAUUUGUUAGAAAAUGGGGACGUUUGAGAACCGAGGCUUUGGUAUACUAAAAUCUUUUGGAUUUUACUAUAUGAUCUAAUACACACUGUGAUGACUAUUUUAAAUUAAAGGUCUGAUGAAACAAA